AUGCUGGUGGCUGAGAUCGCAGCCUUUCAUGUCCGGCCAGUCGCGAUACUGAGGGUUAAAACAGCAGAUGAAGCCUUACAAUUCUUUGCAAACUACAACGUUCUAUAUGCUAUCACCAUGCAAUACUAUCUCACCUUCUUCGUUCUGAUAACCCUGACGACUGUGUCGGCCGCUCGAUCCGUCCAGACACCCUUCUCAACAGACUCGUCUACCGAGAAAAGAGGACCACCCUGUGACUGCUACAGCGUUUCAGGCCCCGACGCUGGAUAUUUCCAGCAUCACCGCUUCUGGGAUUUCCGACAGGUUCCUCUCAAUCUUCUAGCGGCCAAAGACUUCAAGUUUCAACCCAUCACGCAAGCAGAUGCCAGCACUGCAACCGAGAAUAACGACAUCAAUGCCGCACCUAUAUUGCUCAAAGAUACACCGUUUGCAGCCGAGUGGCUCAUCCAGGACUGGCAACGCAGUGGUUCUCAGCUUUUCCCUAUCCCUAUCGCGAACUCGAACCAGAAUGCCUUUCUGACGAGGUCCCUGGCUGGCGGUACCAGCUUCCUGGCUAUGCGAACUAAAAGAUUCGAACGCUACUCCUCGACUGCAGAAAUCGAGACGAAUAUUUCGAAUUUCAUGCACGUUUCUUUCCGUGUUCGACUUCGUAUUCUCGGAAACGACGAACCCAUCCUCUCGCCGCCGUUGAUUGAGAACAAGGCCUUUGGGAAGAGAAACGACGAGAUGGCAGACAUGCGUAUUCAGGAAGACCCUCGCUUUCAACGCAUUGCGGCACGAUUACCACCGUCAACUGGUGCCUGUGUCGGCAUAUUCACCUUCUUCUCACGAACGAGCGAAUCAGAUAUUGAAAUCCUUACUUCGGACCCUCCAAACCGCGCACACUACGCCAAUCAACCGGACUACGACCCAAUUCGCAAUAUCGUCAUACCGGGCUCUCAAGUCGCAGUCGAUGCUCACGUUCCAUGGACACAAUGGUCAACUUAUCGUCUCGAUUGGCUUCCCGGUAUGUCUCGCUGGUACGUCGAGGAUCGGCUACAGGCUAGUCUGGCAUAUGGUGUCCCCGUCGAUCCUAGUAGAUUGAUUGUCAACAUCUGGAGUGAUGGUGGUUUGUGGUCGGGUAAUUUGACAGUGGGAAACAGCGUACAUUUGGGGAUUGAAUGGAUUGAGAUUGCGUAUAACCUGACGGGCGAGGCACCGCGGCCUUGCAAUGUUGUCUGCCGGAUUGAUGGUGUCAAGACUCCUGGUGUACCGGAGAUGUGAGCGACUUGCUUAUAUUUUUAGAUGAUGGACGAGCCUGUAGUUUGGCGCAUUCUGGAUUGAAAGUUGUAUCGAUAGAGUGUAUACCAUUAGAAUACA